GGGCCCUGGCGCGGGUAUGGACCGCCUUCAUCGCUGCAGUGAACCGACUGGACAAGUCGCUGUCGCCGCGCGACACCCUCACCAAGUUCCGGCAACACAAAUUCACACUCUCUGACCUCGUUUAUCUCUUUCACAUCGCCCUUGCGACCUUUUGGAUCUCCAUAAUGCGGGCCCCAGGCUUUCCACUCAAGCUCCUGAUACCCAUCCUCUACGCCAUUGUCCUCAUUAUACCCCUCACCUCGCAGCUGUUCAUCCCCGCCACGCCGGUCUUUGCCUGGCUGCUCACGUACUACAGCUCCAAGUUCAUCCCCGCCCCCUGGCGGCCGGGCAUCUCCGUCGUCCUCCUCCCGACGCUCGAGUCGGUGUUCUACGGCGCGAACAUAUCUGACAUCCUCACGCGCUUCACCCACCCCGUGCUCGACAUCCUCGCCUGGCUCCCAUACGGCGUCAUCCACUUCAUCUUCCCCUUCGUCGUAGCCGCCUUCGUCUGGCUGUUCCGCACAAAGGAGGCGCUGCACCUCUGGGGUCGUGCCUUUGGAUACAUGAACCUCAUUGGCGUGAUCAUCCAAAUCCUCGUCCCAUGCGCUCCGCCAUGGUACGAGCUCAUCUACGGCCUCAUGCCGGCAAACUACACCAUGCGCGGCUCGGCCGGAGGACUCGCACGGAUCGACAAGCUCUUCCACUCGAACGGGUACACCGUCGCAUUCAGCAACUCGCCCGUCAUCUUCGGCGCGUUCCCGUCCCUGCACUCCGCCUGCGCCACCAUGGAGGCACUGUUCGUCUCGUACUUCUUCCCGCAGGCAACCAGAUAUGUGUGGACGUACACCGCGGUUCUCUACUGGGCGACGAUGUACCUCACGCACCACUACCUCAUCGACGUCGUCGGCGGCUCCUGCCUCGCCAUCGCAUGCUUCUACCUCUUCCUUCCCGAGGAACUCAAGGGAGCGAACGCACUCCUCCCGCCUGGCGGACUUAGUGCCGGUGCGUACAGCACUCGUCGGUCGAAAUACGAGCUCUACGAUUUGGAAGAGCCUCGGCUCGGACGAGGCGGCCGUGGCACAAACGGCGGUAUUAUGCGUGACGCGGCGGACUACGAUCUAGAAGACCUCUCCGACAGGGAGUCCUCGGAGGAGGAGAUGGACAUCACGUUCCGUUCGCCCGUCAUCGCGACGGCGCCGAAUUCCGCAACGCCGCUCAUGAAGCAGAAGGGAGGUGCGACGGCGCCGCCGCCGCCGAAGAAGAGCCAUAAACACACGGCGAGCAUUGCCAGCCUCAUCCGUGCAGAAGACAGGGCGGAGGAAGGCUGGAGCCCGAUAGGCACCACGUUCAAUAUCCCGCCAAACCCGCGUGCGGACCGGGCUGGAAAUGAUGCGAGGAACAGGGUAUAGAGCAUUCUUCUCGCUCACAGGACUUU